AUAAAAAACUUUUGGUUUCAGCUGUUUUACAACCUGCGUUUCUCUGUCUUCCCUCUCUUGUUUCUCUCUCUCCUAGGGUUUCAAAAGCGCCGUUUUUGGGGAAAAUUUUUUUCAUAGGAUCGGUGACUGAUAAGUGAUUAUUCUCUAUCGCUUGCUCUCUAUUCAAUCCUAUUGAAAUCUCAGAUAUUUUAUGGUGAUGGAAAUCACCCAGGUACUUUUAAAUGCUCAAUCAGUUGAGGCAGAUAUCCGAAAGCAAGCCGAAGAUGGUCUGAAUACUUUUCAGGAACAGAAUUAUCCGAGCUUCUUGCUAUCGUUAGCUGGAGAGCUAGCCAAUGAAGAGAAGCCAGCUGAAUCAAGGAAGUUGGCUGGGCUUGUUCUUAAAAAUGCAGUGGAUGCAAAGGAUUCACAUAGGAAGUAUGAGCUUGUACAGAAAUGGAUGUCUUUAGAUGCGGGAUUAAAGAAUCAGAUUAAGGCAUGCUUGUUACAGUCCCUUGCUUCGCCUGUUCAUGAUGCUCGUUCAACUACAUCUCAAGUUAUUGCUAAGGUCGCUGGUAUUGAGUUACCCCAAAAACAGUGGCCGGAGCUGAUUGGAUCAUUGCUGGGAAAUAUUCACCAACUUCCUCCUCAUGUCAAGCAAGCAACUUUGGAGACGCUUGGAUAUAUGUGCGAGGAGGUAUCUCCAGAUGUAGUAGACCAGGAUCAAGUAAAUAAAAUCCUCACUGCAGUUGUUCAGGGUAUGAAUGCCAAUGAAACGAACAAUGAAGUUAGGCUUGCUGCUACAUAUGCAUUAUAUAAUGCUUUAGGCUUUGCUCAGGCUAAUUUUAAUAAUGAUAUGGAGAGAGAUUAUAUUAUGAGAGUUGUCUGUGAGGCAACAUUAUCUCCUGAUUUGAAGAUACGGCAGGCAGCUUUUGAAUGUCUGGUUGCUAUUUCUUCUACUUACUAUGAGAAGCUAGCUCCUUACAUGCAGGACAUCUUCAAUAUAACUGCAAAAGCUGUGAGAGAAGAUGAAGAGCCAGUUGCUCUUCAAGCCGUUGAGUUUUGGAGCUCAAUCUGUGACGAGGAGAUCGAUAUUCUUGAAGAAUACGGAGGUGAUUUUACGGGUGACUCUGAGAUUCCUUGCUUUUAUUUUAUUAAGCAGGCUCUCCCUGCAUUGGUACCUUUGUUGCUGGAGACACUCCUCAAGCAAGAGGAGGAGCAAGAUCAGGAUGAGGGAGCUUGGAAUAUUGCUAUGGCAGGGGGUACUUGCCUUGGGCUUGUUGCACGAACUGUGGGAGAUGAUAUUGUGCCUCUUGUGAUGCCAUUUAUUGAAGAGAAUAUCACAAAGCCAGAUUGGAGGCAGAGAGAGGCUGCCACCUAUGCAUUUGGUUCAAUUUUGGAGGGCCCUUGCCCUGAAAAGUUGACAGCAAUUAUCAAUAUUGCUUUGAACUUUAUGCUCGUUGCGCUGACAAAAGAUCCUAACAGUCAUGUCAAAGACACCACAGCUUGGACUCUUGGUAGAAUUUUUGAAUUUCUUCAUGGAUCACUUAUGGAGACUGAAAUUAUCACAAAUACAAACUGCCAGCAUAUUAUUACAGUUUUAUUGGAGGCCAUGAAGGAUACACCUAAUGUUGCUGAAAAGGCCUGUGGGGCUCUCUAUUUCCUUGCACAAGGCUAUGAGGAUGCUAGCUCUUCUUCACCCUUGACUCCAUACUUUCAAGAGAUUGUUCAGUCCCUUCUUACCGUUACACACAGGGAAGAUGCUGGGGAGGCACGCUUGCGAAUUGCCGCUUAUGAAACAUUAAAUGAGGUGGUCAGGUGCUCAACAGAUGAUACUGUUCCCUUGGUUUUGCAGCUAGUUCCUGUCAUCAUGAUGGAGCUUCAGAAAACGCUUGAGUCGCACAAUAUUUCACCAGAUGGGAAACAGGGUGAACUGCAAGGUCUCCUGUGUGGAUGCCUACAGGUUAUAAUUCAAAAAUUGGGGUCAUCUGAGCCAACCAGAACUGUGCUAAUGCAGUAUGCUGAUCAAAUCAUGCAACUCUUCCUUGGUGUUUUUUCUUGUAAUAGUGCUACAGUGCAUGAAGAGGCUAUGCUGGGAAUUGGUGCUCUUGCCUAUGCCGCAGGUCCGGAUUUUGCAAAGUACAUGAAUGAGUUUUAUAAGUAUUUGGAAAUGGGUCUUCAAAACUUUGAAGAAUACCAAGUCUGUGCUGUCACAGUUGGUGUGGUGGGAGAUUUAUGCAGGGCAUUGGAGGAUAAGAUACUGCCUUAUUGUGAUGGUAUUAUGACACAACUCCUUAAGGACUUGUCAAGCAAUCAGCUACAUCGAUCAGUAAAGCCUCCGAUUUUCUCAUGCUUUGGGGAUAUAGCACUUGCAAUAGGCGAGAAUUUUGAGAAGUAUUUGGUGUAUGCCAUGCCAAUGCUUCAAAGCGCUGCAGACUUGUCUGCUCACACAGCUGGUGUUGACGAUGAGAUACUUGAGUACACCAAUCUUUUGCGUAAUGGAAUUUUGGAAGCAUAUUCAGGGAUCCUUCAAGGCUUCAAGAACACUGCAAGAGCCCAGCUUUUACUUCCCUAUGCUCGCCAUAUCCUUUCAUUCGUUGACAGUAUUUACCAAGAGAAAGAUAUGGACGAUGCUGUCAUGAAGACUGCUAUUGGAGUCCUUGGUGACCUUGCAGACACACUUGCAGCUAGUGCAGGUUCUUUAAUUCAGCAGUUUCCAUCAUGCAGGGACUUGCUUCGUGAAUGCUUGUCAUCAGAUGACCAUUCAAUUAAACAAUCAGCUGAAUGGGCCAAGCUGGCCAUUAGUCGAGUGAUUGCCAUUUGAGGCUUGGUCUCCUGUUUGGUAUAUUCUUUUCCUUUUUGAAGUCUCUGCAUGCAUCAGGUGUGUUGAGUUGGGUCUGGGGGUCUGGGAUUGCAUACACAAGUUACAAGCGUCGGGUCGUCACCAGUCGGACAACUGAAGUUGUCAGCCUUCAUGUUGUCGCUAACUCUUGCAUCUGCACGAUGGGUCCGUCGGUCAGGUCAGGUCAAGUCCUUUUGCUUUUGGUUUUUAAGGAGGUCUUGGAUAGUCCGAAACAGUUACAAGGGGCCUCUUCUGGGAAGUUUUAACCUCAUAUUCAGUGCUGAAGAAUAAUGGAGAUGGGUGCGUCUUUGGGUCUUAAUUAUCAAUACCGAGCAUUAUUUCACGCUGAAAGGGCAGUGCCCUGAUUUUGGAUCGAUGAUCCUCUCUCUUAUACUUAAAGAAUUAUCCCUUGAUUGCCUGGUGGUUCCCGUCUUCUCCCAAUGGUACAAUGUAUCUUGGGAAGUCGAAGAUGAUUUCAACAGAGGGUCAAUUCAAGUUUUAAAUGUUAAAAUGAUCACCAGUGGCGUAACAUAGGCAUUUCUUACACAUUUUUUUUCUUCUUUUAGUCUGUCCCCCAUUUUUCGGUCUUUCUGGUUUUCCUCCCAUUUUGAGUCCUGCAUUGUUUUUCAAGCCCAUCACUCUCCAGUCCACCAGUUUGUGUUGCAUUCACGUCUCAUCAUAUUUUACCCUAUAUCUGUAUACUCUCUACAUACGAUGAAAAGCAUCACAUUAUUAUUUUUUUCAUUAUUAUUAUGCAUUUUCAUUGAUAAAUAUUUUUUGGGGUUUAAGCAGUUUUUGCCUAGGCAAUUUGGUUUGAUCGAUUGUUUGCAUACAUGAGCAAGCAUGUUUGCUACUUGGAUUUUGAAGUUGAGUACAGGAAUUUGUUGGUAUAGUUUUUUGUUUAAGGCGAGAUUUAUAAGCAUCCUUAAGAUAUGUCAUAAAUAUAUAUUUUGGACAAGAGGGGAAAUCUUUCUCCAAGUUGUAUGGCGUUAAUUUAUAGUAAAAAUUAUUCGAAGAAGUCUUAGGGUUUUAUUUUCUUUUAUGCUGCCCAGAAUUUACAUGUGAAGUCGGUUCAUGUAAUUCGUUUUUGUUUGUGCCUUUAGUUAAUAGAUAAGAUUCUUUUGAAA